UCUAUAUCGUCUGUAUAAUAAAUUAUUGUACUCACGUUAAUUGUAUUAGAAGUCUGAUUUUUACGAGUAUUCUUGGAUGUAUAAAAAUAAAGUUUGAUCAAAUUAAUAAAUUUCUUUGGAAUUUGACAAGAAAUAAACAUAGAAUAACGGCAAUUUGGGAAGAUCCUGUGUUACAUUCGCAUCAAUGCAGAUUUCCAAAAGUUGCAAACGAUGACUGGCUGAUUUACGUUUUAAUGCAUCUUUAUUUGGAGCUAUACAAGAUAACUCGAGAAAUAAACUCGAUAUUCGGAGUAGAGAUAACUACAUCCAUAGUAUGUUACACCUUUUGGUUAACACAAAUUUUUUAUGAAAUUACCAACAUAAUAUUUAUCAACGAUUAUGUAAAAGGCAAUAACAAAAUACUAUUCACUGUUUCCAAUCUAAUUUGGUGUUUCUACUUCAUCUUUAAAUUUCUGUACAUUAAUUAUGUAUGUGAGAGAAUCAGCACUAAGGCAAAUAUAACAGGAGAUUUAAUAAAUAAGAUAUCUUAUUCCAAUCGUGAUAUUAAUCAUGAAAACAUUUCACAGUUUCUAUUGCAAAUAGCUCAAACGCCACUCAAAUUCUGUGGAAUUGGACUUUUCCAAUUUGGCUAUAAAGUCUUUCAUGAUUUCUCCAAGUACACUGUGACGAUUUUAGUUAUAUUAACACAGAUGCAUAUGGAUAAGUAAGCGUUC